UUUACUCGUCACAGUUCUCCGUGCGCUCGUCAGUUUCAACGAGCUUCGUCCCGCCGCUCCUCACGACCCGUUCGAACAAAGACAGUGUGUGUUUACACCGCGAGCAAAAAGAGCCGGUGGUCGUCGUCGAUUGUCACGGUUCACCGCUGCCAGCUGCUCCUCCAGCCAUCCUCCUCCGUAGUGCACCCCCUGCGAAAAUAGUUACCGAUUAGUGCGACAAAGUAGAGCGUGCGUGUUCCAAAAAAAUCAAAGCGAUACCACACUCGACGAAAACUCGACCGGUGGAGAACCUCUUGAAUCACGGUCGGUUCUCGAGAUUAUAUACCAUCUUAAAAUAAAUAUACCCGAUGCGCCAGUCGCUCUCUCGAUUCCCGACACAGUGUUACGGACGGUGUGCCCGACAUCUAGCACAGUCUCCGAAAAGGGAUGCAAAUUUGGUAGACCAACCGAGUUGCGAAGUCUCUCAGCGAUGCGAAUCAGUGUGACCGUGGACCCUAGAAUAUAGACAAAGUUAGAAGAGCAGUCUGCUGGCGCUCGAGAAUGUUCAGCUCGUUGAGACUGACUACCAUGCGAUCGCACAAGAACAACCGUGCCAGGCCCGGAAGCGUGGCCACGUCCGCCAGUUCCGAUUCGACCCGUGCCGCCGACGAGAUCACACAGCAGUCCUAUCAUCCGCCCAGUUUCCUUCUGUUGGACGACCAAGAUGGUCCUGUGUCACCUCCGUCGAGCGUGUCCUCGAAGGUCGCCCAGGUCAGGGUCGAACGCGAAGGCGGCAGCCUCGGGGUCACCCUCAGAGGCGGAGUCUCGAGGGCGUUGGUGGUCACCGGGGUGAAAUCCGACGGGCCAGCGGCGAAAGAGGGGAGAGUCAGGCCCGGCGACAGGCUACUGGCGGUGGACGACACUGAACUUAGGGGUCUGACCCUGGCGGAGGCGCAGAGAGCGCUCAGGAGGAGCUCGGACGCGCCGGUUGCCUCCUUGACCAUCGAGUACGAUGUGGCCAACAUGGAGGAGGCACGGGCCGCCACGUCUGGACCCCUACUGGUACAAUUAGAGCGUGGUCUUUCAGGAGAGCUAGGAUUGACAGUCAGAGAAACACCGAACGGAGUCUACAUCGAGAGUCUACGGCCAGCCAGCACGGCGGACCGGUGUGGCGCAUUGCAACCGGGGGACAAACUAUUGGCCGUGGACGAGACCCCUGUUCAGGAUGCUGUGACCGCGGCGAAGCUGCUGCGCAGUAACUUUGACAGUUCCCGAAUCGCCAGGCUGCAGAUCCUGCCCAGGCCACCGAGCGCCUCUCAGCGAACGGUCAAGAGGCGGGCCCAGCCUCAGGCCCAGCAAGUCACCAGUCAGACCCUUCAGACAAAAGAGAGCCUGACCGUUGUGCUGAGACCCGAUCACAAGGGUUUUGGUCUGGCCUUGAAACCCGCGGAGGAUCGUCUGAAUUACGUGGUGAGCUUGUUGGAGGCUGGAGGACCGGCAGAGCGUAGCGGGGUUUUGCUACCCGGUGACAAAGUGUUGACCAUCAAUCGUAGGUUCCUGAGGGACCUGCAACCGCAGGAAGUGAACGGCAUACUGGAGAACUCUCAAGUCAUCGAAAUGGUGAUCGAGUACAAGGCCGGUGGACCAGUCGUGCCCAGCUCAGGUGUGUUCACUGUCCGAGUAGCAAGACCAGUCGGCGGUCAGCCGGACGUUGGGCUGACGGUUAAUGAAGACUUGAUCAUCACGGAGGUUCGUAAGGGGUCUCUGGCUUACAGGACCGGUAGCCUCGCGCCUGGCGACAGGUUACUAGCGAUAGACGGACAGAAACUGGAUCCGGGGGAUCUUCGGCAAGCUGCGCAACUGUUACAUCGACCGGGGAGCUCGGUGGUUGCUUUGACCGUCAGGAAACCGGAUCCUGUCUCAGAGAACAGGGAUUCUAGUAUAGGAAGCGACACAACACAACAGUAUUCCAGUGGGAUUCUACGGCCAGCAAGAGGGAGUCUUCCAAGUGUGGAUAGCGCUGUGGAUUCCUGGGGAGAAUUGGGCGAGAACAGUGGAACAGGUCCGGAGAUUUUGAGACUGUGGGAUACCGCUUCUGUAGACAGCGGCCAGCUGGAUCUACCUAUGCCGCCUUAUCCUGGGUCACAGGAACGUAACAGUACGGACAGACAGCAGCAGAUAGUUCACGUGUCGCUGCACAAGGAUCCGGUGUACGAGGACUUUGGAUUUUCAGUGUCGGAUGGACUGUACGAGCGUGGAGUUUACAUAAACCGUCUGCGACCUGGUGGACCCUGUGACGGUGUUCUGCGACCAUACGACAGGAUUCUGCGAGUGAACGAGGCCAACACCGAGGACUGUGACUGUUGUCUGGCCGUUCCACUGAUCGCCGCAGCCGGUCCACGUUUAGAUCUGACCAUUGCUAGACCAGUCUCUCCUAAUAUCAUAAAAACUCUGUAAGUCAAGGGAUUAGGGCGGCAUUCUGGUACGAUGGGUACUAAGUAGUGAUGAGCGAUACAGUAUAGAUACUUUUCAAUUGAGAUCACAAGCUUCUCAGAAAGUUUACGAUUAAUCUGUAUCGAUACAAUUCAAAUGUAUCGCCAUCACUAGUACCGAGAGGAAUAGUGGACGAUGUAUCUAGUAUAUAUUUUUGUACACACCUGUAUUUUAUUUAUAAAAAUAAAUGUAUAGAUUGCUUUCAGCUAGAACAUUUUCUCCUGAAUAUACACACAGUCCCAGCACACACUUGAUUAAAAACAUAUUUCUAACCCUUUAACGGAUAUACACUGAGUGGACGUCGCAACGGAACGGUAAUUUUUUUAACAGAUACUUGUUCGUGUGAUUGGUUACCGUAAACCUCGGAGCAUUGCAAAGUAAAGUAUUCUCUCACACAAGCGGUUACUGUAUCUCGUGUUACCUUACAAGAACAGUAGGGCUCGCGAAACCGGAUCGCGACACUCUAUAGCGGAAUAACUUCGUGUUGUCUCAAUCGUAUUUUCUUUUCACGUAACAGGCUACAUGAAGCUAAGAUAGUAAAAUGUAAUACCUAAUCAAUACUAUGCAAAUUCGAUCACUGGCUCGAUAUCGAAUAGACACGAGCACUGAAACCGGACUAAUCCAUUUCGCUUUUGUUAUCGGGGCAUGUAAUAGGAAUGUCAUCGGAUCAGCCUGAAUGCUAAUUGACCCAGCAAUUAGCUGUAAACAGAGUUAAAUAAUUUUCCCACCUUACCAGCAGGUCUACUAUUCUUGCGAGAAGCAAGAGCAAUGUCAAUGUAAUACUAGAAAAAAAUACAAAAACAGAAACAGGCUAACCAGGCAAAUUACAGCUUUGUGCAGAAUAAUUAAUAAAAUAUAUGUACUUAUGUGUAUAUAUGUAUAUACACAUAUAUAAAUAUUUUGUCAUCAUACGAGCUUUCAUCUGUACAUCCCUCGUAACGUGUUAUAUAGUAUGUUCUAGACAACGCAUUAACCCUUUCCAAUUUCUACAAUCGGUAUAAAUAAACAACCGAUUACA